AUGUUGGAAUUGGAAUAUCUUUCUGUCUUUGUGCAGCAUUCGGCACAUUACCGCCCGCCGAAAUACCAAGCUUACAAUAAAUACAGUACAAUAACAUUAUUUUGUUUGCUCCUAGGUCUCCCCAACGACUUAUUGGUGUGCUGGCACCAAUACCCCUACUUCUUGGGCAUCGUGUUCUGCAAGUUACGGGCCCUCAUCUCAGAAGCAGCCUCCUACGUAUCGGUGCUGACGAUAGUCGCGUUCUCCCUCGAACGUUACCUGGCUAUCUGUCACCCCCUGCACCUGUACACCAUGGCGGGGCUCCGGCGCGCGCUGCGGAUCGUGGCCGCCAUAUGGGCUCUGGCCAUGGUCGCUGCCGUGCCCGUGGCUACGUACACUAGCAUACACUACCUGGACUAUCCACCAGGUUCUGGUAACCUAUCCAGGGAGUCGGCGUUCUGCGCCAUGCUGACCAUGCCCUCCUGGUACUUGUGUGAGCUGAGCAGUCUACUCUUCUUCAUCCUACCAGCCUUCAUCAUACUAGGCCUGUACGUGCGGAUGGGGCUUCGCAUUAGGUACGUCAUGGGGUACGUCUGUUUAUUAUUUUGA